GGCCCAUCCAGGCAGGACUGCCGCACGCAAGUUCAUUUGGACCAAUGGCGUUAGGCGCCGUCUCCGUGACGCCACUGCGGCGCCGAGCCAAUGAGCGAGCUGGCGGCGGUUUGAAUGACUGGCCGUUUGGGCGGCGUGGCCGGGGCAGCCAUGGGCGACGGGCAAUUGGAAAGCGGGCUGCUGAACAACGGCUGGAAGUUCAGGCAAGCCAUGGAGCUGAUCUUUCUGAAGUACAAUCGACCAUUUGAAGAUGACCUGCUUAUUAAUCUUGAGGAUAUGACCGUUGACACUGAAACAGGUCAGAAGCCAUGGCAUGCUGUUGACUUAAACUUCUAUAAACUGAGAAAACUAAAUAAAAAUAACUGCAAGAAAAAGUCUGGUAAACUGUAUGAAGCUGAUGUAAGCCUGGAGCAGUCUGAUAAAGUGUGUGAAAUUGAUGUCACCCUGACACAAUCUGAAAACCUGCCUAAGACUGAUGUAAGCUUGGAGCUAUGCACCAGCUUGAGAAGUCAAGUGGGUCAGGCUACUGAAGUUUUGAAGGAUGGCCAGUACACUGGAAGUGUAUCUAAGUUGCAAACCAGUGUCUCUAUGGGAGACAUGAAUGUGGGUGAUAAAUAUGAGAUAGAUGUUGACAUGCUGGCUGCUAGCAACUCAAAUCUUGGGGAGCAAGUUGUGGUGGAAUGUGUUGGGAAGACUAAAGACAAUCCAUUGAUCACAUUUACAUCCUCGUCAAAUUUGAAAAUUGGAUCAUCACCUAAUUUUCAUGACUGCAAUGAUGGCCUUAAGGAUACGAUCUCCAAAGAAUUAAAUCUUUCUUCAAAUUCUCAUUGUGGUGACAAAGAUAAUUCAAAGAUAGUAGCCUUGACCUCUAGCCAAAUGCCAGCCAAGCCACUUUGCAUACCUAGUAACGUAGAACUUGAUUUGCAUAAGUUUGAGGAUAGUAGUUGUGAUACAAUGAAUUUGGAAGAAACCACACCUACUCGUGUUGAUCAAACUCUACUGGAAAGUCCCAAUGAUUCUUCGGGUUUAAGUAACACAACGCUUAUUGAUGUUUAUCCAAGUAUGGUAGCUUCAAUGAGUAACUUGCUUGAUCGCACCUACAAGAAAGAGGCUGCGUUAAGGUUAAUACAACGUUAUCGAUAUUUCCAGUUCAAUGUGUGUAAAUCAAAGGCAAACACAACUCAAAAUGGAAUAAAGGUCAAAGUCAGGAUCGAUGGCCUGAAGUUAAAGAGGCUAAGAGGUCAUUCUGUUUUAAGAUUAAAGACCUGUGAUGGAGUCAGACAAAUGCAGAACAAAGCAAUUUCUCCAAAAAGUUCCAAAACCUUGCAAGGUAAUCUGGACGCAAAUUUUUCCCUUGCUGCUAAUGUAUCUCCGAGGACUGUGCUACAAACAAAUUUAACAUCAGAAACUGUUGGUUCCAAAUUUGGAAAUUUGUAUGAUAGUUCAGCUUGUUGCCAGCCACUACCAGUAAGCCCUUGCAAUCCUCAAAGUCCAGUUGAAGUUGCAAAUUACUGCAGCACAAGGAACACUAAUGUAUCCCCUUUGAAUGGGUCAGCUUGGACUAACUCCAGUAGCUUAAAAUCAUUGAGUUCAAAAUCCAGUGUAGCAACGGUGGAAUCGCCAAGUCCAAGAAUCAACGUUAAUCAUUUGCAAAAUGCAGAACAAUGGCCAGUGAACAACAGUACAGUUACACAACCAGAUACUGUAGUGGCAAAAUGCAGCCGAUCACCAUUUGAAAGGUUUUUGUGCUCAGCUAACACUCCCUGCAGUAGUAAACAGAGGCAUUCUAUUUCCUCUGCUCCUGUUCCAACCAAACUUUGUUCUGUACAAAGCUUACUUAAACCAAACAAAACAGAUGCAUUUGAAUCACUGUAUCAAAACUUGGUUCAGAAUUCAAUCUGCCUUUCAGCCUCAAUGGCACAUCCCAGUAUAUUAAAUGUCCAUUCCGUUCCCAGAAGAGAAAUAGCAUCAGUGAGCUUGGUUACCUGCUUACCAUCCCUGUCAUCGAGGAAACGGGUUGUGUGUACUGACCAAACAAAGGAAACUUCACGAGUGCCGCUGAAGAGAUUUCGCUCCUGUCCAGAGUCUUCAAGUACGGCUCGGGAAUACCACUGUACACUGUAUUCUCCAAGAAGCAAGCAAAAUAAAGAGAAAAUCGCUGCAGAUGUGUUUAUUAAAUGGGAAAAUAAUAGACCAUAUUCCAAUUCUGCUACUGUUUUACCUGUAAUAAAUAGCUCUGGAAACACUGUGAGCUUACGUUUAUCACCUCAACUUCACAACAGAGUAUGUAGAAAACUGGACUACAGUAUAACAAAAUGAACACGGCAUUAUGAACUACCGUAACUUCAUAAUGAGAAACCUCUUCAAUGUUAACCUAAGCUUAUUGUUAAAUGUGUCUGCCUGUGUUAUCUAAUAAUGUUUUCCACUAUUAUAAGUGAAUUUAGAAGAAACUGUUUCAUUCUGCACUUCUCUGGAAGGGUGGUACAAGCUCAUUUAUACCGGGGAGGGCAGAUAACUAGCCAAACAGUAAUUUUUUUGUCUGUACCAGUUAAUGAAUAUAAAUGCUGCUUGGUGAUACAUUUUAAACCUUUGACUUAGUACUGACAAAAUGUAAACCAUGUUGCAAAAUCUGUUUAGUUAUUUUAUUUAAAUAUUUAGAGUCUAAAAUGAGUAUCAACUUAUUUUCUCUUUAAAAUAUGGUCAUACCAAGUUAAUAUUGCAUUCCAUCUGUAUUUCAAGAUUUUAGUAAAUAAUAUUACAGCUAAAAUA